CCCAUUUCAUCUCAGAUUGCUUCAUCUCUUUUUAGCCAUAUCCAAACUUUCCAUCUCUACCUCCAUUUCUGUCAUUUGUUUUUAGCAGCUAGAGAGAGAUGGCGGAGGAAGCUCAGAACGGCGGUGCGACGAACGGAGCCGCUAAGGCUGUCACCUUCUCCGCUCUCAAGCCGCAGCUGUUCGUGGAAGGUUCCAAGGCAAACGACGCCGUGCAGUUCUACAAGACCGCGUUUGGUGCCGAGGAGGUCAGUCGUGUGAUGAACACGAAGAGGAAGGCCGAGCAGGAAGUUCCUCUCAUUCUCUACGCCGAGCUGAAGCUUGGUUCUACUGUUUUCCUCGUUUCUGACCUAACCGAGGACUCCUCUGCACCGGCCAAGGCUGAUGCUACUUCUGGCGUUUUUGCCUUAGAGACCGACGACGUGGAAACUGCGAUUGCUAAUGCCGUUUCCGCUGGAGCUGUUGCUGAAGGUGAAAUCUCUGAGGGUGAGGCCUCCUGCUGCGGUGGUCGCGUUGGCAAGGUGAAGGACCCAUAUGGCAACCUUUGGUUCAUCUGCUCCCCGGCUAAGAAGUCCGUAGAGUCUGUUGAGGCCUGAAAGCCGACGGAUCUUAUCUGAUCACUAUUACUGCAUUACUAUUUCAUCUUUGGGUCAUGGUAGUUUAACCCGGUAGUGGUUAGUGCUUAUAAUUACAGAGCAGUUAUCUUUGUUUUGAGACUUAAUGACGCUGUCAAAUGUCAACGCUGUUACUCUUGGUAAUUUUGACUAGUAACAAGUGGAUUUACUUUUGCUUAAUCCCUCUUUCAAUAUGAGAUUGUUUUGACAUCUUUGUUUUUUAAAUGUUUGAUUUUGUUAGUUUGGUCAUAUUUAUUCCUAUGUGAUACUUGGUAUGAUGUUGUGGGGUGCGAUGUUGCGUCCUUAAUUUCUGUAGGGUUUGAAUUUUGAACUGACCAUUAAAUUUCAAAUGUUUUACAAAAAAAAAGUUAUUCAAGGACUGACU